AUCAAGUCCCCACUCUACCAUUUCCCUCUCCCUCUCUACCCCCCUCCCCUCCUCUCUCUCCUCUCAAAACCCUCGUUUUGCCCAUGGACCCACCACCACCACCACCACCUCAGCCUCCACCCCUCUCCUCCACCACCGCCAUCACAGCCACUGCCGCCACCGUGCCCACAACCGCCUACCCGGACUCAAUCGACUCAUCCCCACGCUCACGCACCACCGAGUCCUACUUGGACGACCCGCCGCCGCCACUCUCCACGAAGCUCCGCCUCAUGUGCUCCUACGGCGGACACAUCGUCCCCCGGCCGCACGACAAGUCGCUGUGUUAUGUAGGCGGCGACACGCGCAUCGUUGUUGUGGACCGUAACACAACACUGUCCUCUCUCUCAUCGCGGCUUUCGAAUACUUUGCUGAACGGCAGGUCGUUUACUCUCAAGUACCAGCUUCCAAGUGAGGACUUGGACUCUCUUAUUUCAGUGACUACUGAUGAAGAUUUAGACAACAUGAUCGAUGAGUAUGACCGUACCAGUAGUAAUAAUAAUAGUAAUUCCGGCAAAUCAUCGCGAUUGAGGUUGUUUUUAUUUCCGAUUAAACCGGAUUCAACGCAGUCAAUUGGUCCGAUAUUGGAGAGUAGUGGUAAGAGUGAAGACUGGUUCUUGAAUGCUCUGAAUGGUGCUACUUUGAAUAGAGGGUUUUCUGAUUCUGCUUCUGUUAAUUGUUUGUUGGGUCUUGAUGAUGAUGAUGUUGCUGUAGGUGGGUUCAAAAAUGGGAAUAACAAUAAUAAUAAUAGUAAUAAUAGUAAUAAUAAUGUCGAUUUAGUUGGUGGCGGUGGUGUUAGAGAUGUGGAGAAUUUGCAGAAGAAAGGUGGACAGGAUGUUCAUUCAGUACCGGACUCUCCGAUGUUGGAAACUACGUCUUCGUUUGGGUCUACUUCUAGUUCGCCUUCCCUUGCAAAUUUGCCUCCGAUUAGAGUUCAUGUUGAGGACGGUGGGACCAGAGGGGCUUUGGUUGAUCAAAAGGUUGUGGGUAUUGAGGAGCAGUUUGCCCAGAUUACUGUUAGUGGUGGUAGUGGACAGAAACAAGAUGAAGGUUUUAUGGUAAUUGCAUCAUCUCCACCGCCUUUGCCUGUUUCUUUAGCUAUUUCAGGCUCUCCUAUGGUGGUGAUGGGUGGUGGUGGUGGUGGUGAGUAUCAGAGCAGAGUUUUUUCUGAUGACGAGAGAUCGGACCAUGGGGUUCCAGUUGUUAGUUAUAGAAAGAUGCCGCCGCCGCCUCAGACUCAGACUCAGCCGCAGACGGUGGUGAUUCCUCAGACACAACAGAAGUCUGGUAGUGGUGGUGGUGUUGAUUUAGCUUCUCCAGAUUCUGUUUCGAGUGAUAGUAGCCUUAACAAUGCUAUAAAUCGUCAGAAACCAGCCAUGAUUUAUCAAGAUCAGGUUAUGCAAAUGUCAUCUGGAGUUAGUAGGCUUCCUACUAAUCCUAUUGAUCCAAAGAUCAAUUUCUCCGACCCAAAUCAUAGGGUUCAGAUUCAGCAACAGGUUCAGGAUUCUGGCUACGUAUUCCCGCAGCCUCAGUAUGAACAACAGCAGCAGCAGCAGCAGCAGCAGCAGCAGCAACCGCAGCAGCAGUUCAUUCAUGCUGGUGCUCAUUACAUUCAACAUCACCCUACAGGGGGUGUAGCUUAUUACCCUGUUUACCCUCCCCAGCAGCAACACCUUCACCAACAGCAUCAUCACCAGCUUGAGCAGCAAUAUCCUGUUUACUAUAUGCCUGCAAGGCAGCCUCAAGCUUAUAAUAUGCCUGUGCAGCAAUCUAGUAUCAGUGAACCCACACCUGCAGCCCCUUCUACCCACCCCCAAACACCUCCCAAUCCCACUAUGGUCCCUCCUGCAACUUAUAAUCAAAUGAGAAAUGCUCCUAUGGCUAAACCUGAAAUGGCCCCUGCAGGCAUGUAUAGGACAACCACUACAGGCACUCCACAGUUAGUUCAGGUCCCAUCUAACCAGCAUCAGCAGCAGUAUCUUGGCUACUCUCAAGUUCAUCACCCAUCUCAGUCUGUUGCUCCAACUUCUGCUGGCCCUGCUAAUUAUGCUUACGAGUUUGCAGAUCCUUCUCAUGCUCAGAUAUACUAUACUCAGCCACUUGCACCCACAAUGCCUUCUCAUUACCAAACUAUGUUGCCAGAAAAUUCUGCUCAGCUUCCCACUGACAGCAUCAAGCAGCAGAUUAGAACUUCGCAGCCAAUAUAGUUCCUGUCAAUAAAGGAGAAGGGAGAAACAAUUUUGAAACAAGGGUGUGUGGUUUAUAUCUUUACAUUUUCUGUUUAGCAUCUGUCUUUAUAUUGGUAUUGGUUUGUGGCUAUGUAUUUGUGGUAGAUAAUAAGGAACUCUGCUCACCUUUUACCCCUUUCUUUGUAUGUCAUAUUGUUACUGUUAUAGGAAAUGAAAGCAGUCUGGGAUUAUACUGUAAAAGCUCAAACUUCAUUUAUUAUGUGCUGUGCAGUUCAUAUAUGAGUUACUGAAUAAAUGUUUAUAUCAGUGGUAAGAGCUUUCAAUUAA